AUGGAUUCAGCGAAAUCACCAUCAGAAGAUAGUGUGCAAGAAUUCAAUUUAAAGGAAGACAACGAACUUCGUUUUGAAGUGGCAAAUAAAGGUGACGUUGUGUUAGAACUCAUUGAUGGACGUGCAGAAGUUUUUGGUACUGAACUUAUACAACAUAAAAAAUAUGUUUUCCCGCCAGGUUCAAGAGUAGCUGUCUUCACUUGGAAGAAAGCGAUUGUAGAGCUGGUUGGAAAAACAGAGAGUGCAUAUGUCGCUGAACAAACUCCGAUGGUAUUUUUCUUUCCUUAUACUGUUCAUUAUGAUGAAUUUCACUGUAGUUGGCAAAUUAUUUAUUUAAAUACUCAUGCGGCAUUGGAACAGUUACGUGAGCAUGCUGAGUCGGUAGUAGUACAACAAGAACAAGCACGUGGUCCUUCAUUGAUGAUAGUAGGCCCAACAGAUGUAGGCAAGACAACAGUGUGUCGUAUUUUAUGUAAUUAUGCAGUACGAGUGGGUAGAACACCAAUAUUCGUAGACCUGGAUGUUGGACAAGGAAGCAUUUCCGUACCUGGUACUGUAGGAGCUUUGUACAUUGAAAAGACUGCCGAUGUUGUUGAGGGCUUCGAUAAAAAAGCACCAUUAGUGUACCAUUUUGGAAGUCUUACGCCUUCUUCUAAUAUUCCUCUCUAUGAUUUGUUGGUGAAACAACUUUCGGAGGCAGUUGCGAAACGAAAAAAAACUAGCCAGGAUGCCACUUAUGGAGGGUUAAUAAUUAAUACUUGUGGAUGGGUUAAAGGAGAAGGAUAUGCAUGUUUGGUAAAUGCAGCUGAAGAAUUUGAAGUUGACGUUGUUAUUGUGUUAGAUCAUGAACGACUUUAUAAUGAAUUGCAGCGAGAUUUACCAUCUUUUGUUAAGAUUUUGCAUCAACCUAAAUCUGGUGGUGUGGAAAAUCGUUCAAAAGAGUUGAGAAUGUCUAAUCGGAAUUCUGUUAUGCACAAGUAUUUUUAUGGUACGCGCGCUUCGCCACUUUAUCCACACACAUUUGAAGUAUCAUUUGAUGAAAUUCAAAUAUGUAAAAUCGGAGGUGAACGUCUGCCAAUUGAAUGUUUGCCAUUUGGAAUGAAAAUAGAAGAUCAUCGAACAAAAGUGGUGUCAGUCGAACCGUGUGUGGACUUAAUCCAUCAUCUUUUAUCACUCUCCAUGUGCACGGUAGUUGAUCAAUCAGUAUUAACAACCAAUAUUAUGGGUUUUAUCUUAGUUACGAAUGUAGACAUGGAGAAAAGAAUGUUGACUGUUUUGAGUCCUCAAGCACAUCCACUUCCAUCAAAAGUUCUCAUUCUCAGCGAGGUCACUUUUAUUGAUGACAAAGAAAGAACAUGA